UUCACACAUAUAGUGUGUACGUGUCGGACAAAGGAGAAACCAUCAGUUUGCAUCAUCACCAAACCAAACAGUACCAUGUUUCUGUUGAAUAUGUGCGUCUAUGCCGGCCUCCUGCUGUCCCUCCCUCAGUGUACGUAUCCAGCGUGCACAGAGGGGACACCCAGGCAGUGUGUGGAUGCAGAAUUUGCUCCGGGUACCAAUAUGGCCGGGGAAGGCUUUGAUAUCACCAAAAUGGAACGUAAGGGAGCCUUUGUGCUCGACAUGAAUCAGUGGAAGCACAAGGACAAAACAUGCAUCCUGUGCAGCAACCCCUACAUGGAGAACAAAAAGCAAAAGCUCCCCUUGUCAGUGGUGGACUGGAUACCAAAGCAGUCCUGCAGCAUGAAAGUGUCCAGUACGCUCCACCGAUCCAGUGAGUCUCUGGUCAGUUCCAGCUCCUCUUCUGUGGAGAACAACUGGAAGGUCAAUCUUGAUGUUAAUGUGGGUCUUAAAAGCGCCUCAUUGAUGCUCGCUGGCACUCAUUCUAAAUUGGCCGAAUACUCCAUGGAGAAAACUAAGAAUGACAAGUUCAGCUUCACAAGCCAAAGCAUGUCCUGUGAGUACUACAGCUACAGAGUGUCCAGCGCUCCCAAGUUGCACAGAGAAUUUAAAAAAGCAGUGAAACAGCUCCCUAAAAUCUACAGCCCUGAAUACAAGCAACAAUUUUACAAACUGAUUGACAACUUUGGCACCCAUUACAUCACCAAGGUGAAAAUGGGAGGAAGUGUUCAAUCUGUGACGAGCAUCAGGCAGUGCCAGGCUAGUCUGCAGGGCAUCAGCACGGAGGAUGUGCAGAUGUGCCUGGAUGUUGAGGCGUCCGCCAGCAUCAGAGUUACGAUAAAAACUGAAGCAAAACACUGCCAGAAGGACCUUGAGAAGAUGGACAGUAAAUCAUCCUUCAACAGCCUCUUCAACGACAGGUUCACAGAAAUAAAGGGGGGCCAUACGACGGAGCCAGACCUUCUCUUCUCUGCUGACAAAAAUCCAUCAGCCUACAAAGAUUGGCUGAACUCACUACCACAGAACCCAGACAUAGUCUCGUAUUCCCUGGACUCGCUUCAUGAGUUACUGCCUACUAACACCCCUGACCGGAAGAACCUGCGCUCAGCCAUUAGCCAUUACAUCCUGGAGAAAGCCCUGUUGAAGAACUGCAGUGACCGCUGUCAGGCCGGCAUCAAGAGCGACCCAAGGGAUACCUGCGUGUGCCAAUGCCACAAUGACCCCGCUGUAAACCAAGACUGCUGCCCGACCCGUAAGGGCAUGGCACGGGUCAUCAUCACUGUACGACGAGCUACUGGACUUUGGGGAGACCACAGCACAGACACGGACGGCUACGUCAAGGUGUUUUUUAGCAAGCAGAUAACCCAGCGUACCCCUGUCAUUUACAACAACAACUACCCACACUGGGCCACGGUCUUCGACCUGGGUACUCAGGAUUUGUCCUCAGGACAUAAAGUGAGAUUUGAAGUGUGGGAUCAGGACAACAACUGGGAUGACGACCUGUUGGGAGAAUGUGAGCAAGUUCUGUCUGCUGGAGUCAAGGAGGAUCUCUGUAACCUGCAACAUGGCCAGCUGUUCUACAAACUGGAGGUGAAAUGUGCUCCGAGUCUGAGUGGAGGUUUAUGCCAGGACUAUAAAGCUUCGCCUAUGAGUCAAAGUCUGAAGGGGCUGUAUGUGUCCCGUCAUGCACACCCUGUUCCAAAAGCCAUUCUGUUAAAGAUGGGUGUGUUUGUGAACGAGACGAGCGCACAGAGAAACCAGAGUGUCACUGCGGACACUCAAAGGUUUGAUGUGAUAUAACACAUGUUUGGCUUCACUGAUGCUUAAAUUCGAAGGAUUAGCAACAUUUCUUUUAUUGUAUUAAUACGGUUAAUCUAAGCAUCUUCCAUAACCGUCCUCACAAAUCUUUAGUGAUCAGUUAGGGAAGAAUUGACGAUGUGUUGACAAAGUGGCUACAACUCACUAUCAUAAAAAACUUUCCUUAUAUAUUUUGUGUUCAGUUUAAUCUACAUUAAGGUUAUCUUGUAGUAAAAAUAAAAAUAGAUUUGUGUUUGACAAAAGACUAUUGUUAUUAUAGCCGAGAUAGAAAAUAUACUUUCCUAUAUCUGCAUAUUUGCACCAGAUAGUCUCAUUAUACCGGAGACACCGGUCUGCUCUUUAGCAGGUCAGCAAAGCAUAUCCCGCUGGUCAUCUUAAUGCUCCUGCAGUUGUUAAAAGUUUAGUUUGAUUCAAUACCACUUUUACUACCUUAUUUCUGUUUAUCAGUGCAUUUUUAUAAAGCAUUUUAUUGUUUCUAUAUGAGCAUUUCUACCGUGUACUAGAGUUUUAUUUACAUUUCAAUCACAUUAUCGCCUCGUUGAUGUUUGACAUAAGAGAAGUGAAUAGAUCAAUAAAGCUGUUGGUUUAGAUCACACAUGCAGAGUCUGCUACACAUGUGAUGCCAUCAUAUCAAUGUUUUCUAUAUUUUAUUAUCAGUUCAAUUCUCUCCUACCAUUGAUUGUUUUUUGUUAUCUGUAAUUGAAUGCCAUUUUUUUCUGUUCAUUUCAAACAUGUUCAAUUCUUUACCUUUCAAUAAACUUAUAUAAAUGACUUUUA